CACAGCAUUCUGAAAUAUUUUGGUCAUUGCAAUGAUCUCGAUCGGGAGAUGAGAAAAUGCUUGAAGAAGGAGUACAUGGAAAAGAGGACCAAGAGCAGGGAGCAUGGCAAUGCGAUGCGAAAAAGACUUUUUAAUCCUGCAGAGGAAUCUGAAAAAUAAAUUAGAGGCAUACCUCGUUUUA